AUGUGGCUUGUACUCAUCCUCAUCACUACCUCAAUUAUUUCCAUCACUCGUGAAGAGAGUCAGGAGGAGAAAUUCGAUGACAGUGUUAAAUGUACCCCACAUGAUCCUAUCGAAUGUACUGGACGAAAUCCUGUCUGCUUAUUCUCGAAACAAACUAAGGAUUAUCGUUGUUGCUCGGAUGUCCCUCAGGAUUUAAGCAAUCCUCCAGGCGUUCCGGAGCACGUGAAACCAAUAUGUCCAUAUGGUGCCUCAUCCUACGAUAUUCCGUCCGUACUUCUAUGUGAUCCAAGUGAAACAAAUCCAUGCCCUGAGGAGUACACAUGUGAACAGGCUAUUAAUCAUCAAAUGGUUGUAACAAGCAACACGCAUUUAUGUUGCAAAACAUCAACACUGGAUUCAUUCGAAAACGUUUUCUAUGAGACGAAAGUUGGUAUCAACAAAAUGUCCGCCAAUUUGUCUAUGCCACUUUUCUACGUAACCUCAAUUUCGCCAUCCAUUAUUCCACUACCUCCAUUACGCGGAAUCGACUAUGUUAUUCUUCAUGAAUUUGCUCAAACAACUGGCAGCACACCACCGGAAAUUCGUACUGGAGAUCAUUUCUCAAUGCUUCCACAUCGUUUCAGGAAACCUGUCUACCUCCGAAAGGUUAUUCUUCUUCAUGAUCAAAUGCGUCACGAAUUCCACCAUGUGUUGGUGUUAUACAAUCCACAUGGUAAUCCAGAAGCAAUGAACUUCUACUAUAAUCGACCAUCUACACUUAGUCGUGAAAUCGAUUUAACAGUACCAGCAUGGGAUGAGGGGAUAUUUUUCCGGAAUAUGAAUCGAGUAUUAACCGUACAAAGUGAUCAAAUUUCAACAAAACAAACACGAAAGCUCUACAUUGUUCUCGUGUUUCAAACGAAAGUCCGUUUAACGAGGAGAAAUGCGCAGACAUGGCACGAUUUUCACGCUAACUACACAUCGUUCACGGAUUUUUUGACGAGUGAAACGGGGAAAUUUCUCGGCACUCCGGUAGCUGGGACUUAUUUUUACGUGAGUUAA